AUGUCUCCUGAACCCUUCGUGCGGUAUCUUCUUGGACAGGUCAGGCUCGAUGAUUGCGCAUGUGGCGUUGCAUGUGUGUGCUCGACGUCACCCACGGCACCGGUCGAAGACGUGGAGGAGGGAGAUGUGAUCAGGUCCGUUCUGCAUGGGAGAUGGUCUUCUUGGAUGGGCGGUCAAUCUAAACUAUAUAAUGUGGACGUUGUUCUCGACGGUGGGUUUCUCGAUACCGAUGGUGCUGCCUGUCAUGAAGGAUGCCAUGGACUAUACGACGGUUAUUACGGUCAGUGUUAUUCUAGCGGGAACGUGGUUUGUUCUUGGAGUGAACUGGACAACGACAAUCGGUACAACGAGGACGACGAGGAAUGGGUGGACUCGUCGGUUUCGUUACCGACGCCACAGUCAAGAUCGCCUCUGGAGGGUGCUGCUGACGAGGUGGAAGCCUCGCUCGACGCUGAGUCCGUCGAGACUUCCGAUGGAAUCGUCACGUGUCCGUGUCCGUGGUUCGGUCGUCCGAUCCCGUAUAUCGAGUCCAUCAUUGGAUUCGGCGCCAGCCUUCCAAUCUCGUCUGCCCCAUUCACACUCGAUGGGAUAGUUGUCCCUCUAUCGCCACCACCUAUGCAUCUCUCCAUACAGCCUCCCUUGCCUCACACACUUUUGCCGAUCCUUCUGCCUAUUCCGAUCGUCCCAGUUGUCGAUCUCUUCACCUACCACGGCAUUUCCCACCUACUUCGACUACGGGGUCCGUUGAUGGAGACGUGGCUCAACGGUGAGGCUGACGGGCGAAUAGCCACCUACUGGGCACAAGUCGGGAUUGUGUUUAUUGGUGACUGA